AUGUCCAUGUCCUACACUCCCAGCCCUCUCUAUCCCUCUGCAUCCCAGCCGACGCGACGAGAUCGUAUGGCGUCUGCCCUGCGCACUCUGAUGACCAACGAUAAUCUCGAUCCGGAAAUUUUACGGGCAGGCACCCAGUGGAUGACUGCCCUCGAGGAAUUCACUCAGACUUUCACGCCGCAAGCCACGUUCCAACCAGCUUCUGCACAGACCAACCUUCCCUUAGACAUCAAUACGACGCCCAUCGACCUCGCCCUGUGCACCGGGUCCUCUUUUCCUUUGGAAAGCGGACCAAGCUCCACCAACCCCGUGCAGAGCUGGCUGGGCGAUAUCUUUUCCCGCCCUAGCCUGUCCAACAACCUUCCAGCGCACCUAAUGGGUUGUGAUUUCACGUUAGACUUUGCACGGAUCUCCGACGAGGGGGACGUCAUCUUGAACUCAGCGGAGAUCGACCACAGCAGCAGCACCAGUACUAGUACCAGUAUCUGCAAUAGCAGCGUUGGAACUAGCAGCUUAGCUGACUUUAUCGCACAAACUCCCCAGACGAGCCCUGCGCCUUUGCUAUCCCUUAACGAGACCUCGACGCGACCGCCCUUACAGCUCCCCUUCGCCACCGACCGACGAUCCCAAGAGAGAUCUCGACCACGGCCGUCAAAGCACCAGCGCGCGCACUAUAUAGUUGAGAAACGGUACCGGGCGGGGCUCCAUGAGCGGUUUGAAGCCUUACGGGAGUGUGUGGAGAACUGGAAGCACCAGCACCAGCAAAAGGAAUCACAGCAAGAACAGCAGUCCAGUUCUCCCCUCUCGCCAGGCACGACUACGGACGGGACCAACGAAGGUGCGAACCGGGGUGCCACACGACUCAAUAAGUCGGAGGUGCUGUGUGAAGCAGUGGCCUAUAUCAACCUCCUACAGGAAGAAAACGAGGUCGUGAUAGAACACAUGAAGCUGCUGAUUCGGCGAUUUCGAGCGACAAAACAGGCGUUGCAGCAGGGCUAG